AAAAAUUAAAUGAUUCAUUUUUUUAUGAAAUUGCCGUCAAUCACCCUAUGUGUUGAAUUCAAUAAUAACUUUUUAACGAAUAUACAUGGAUUCGAUUAACGAAAAUGGUCAAUCAGUAACAGUAACGAUAGCUAAUGAUGGCAAUAAUGGUUCAAAACAAAGAAAAAAACAAUUGUAUUCAUCAAUCAAAAAAUAUUCAUGGAUAUUUCCAUUAUAUUCUUCGAUAUCCAUUGUUUUGAUGACUGUGGUUCCAUACAUAACUUCGACAUAUUAUGGUUAUACUAAUCCUAUUUUUCCAUUGGUUAGCGAUUCGGCCGGUUAUCCACCAGGUGCUAGUAUAUUCGCAUUAUUAUUUAUCAUUGAAGCAAUAUUUGCAACACUUACAUCAUGGUUUCGUUAUAAACAAGUGAAAUAUUAUCUUCAAUCACAAUCAAAAGAUGACCAAAAUGCAAAUUUUUCAAAAAAAUUACGAUCAAUUAAUUGGAACCUGGUAACAAUUAUGAUUUUUUUCACAUUUGGUGUGAUAAUUUUUACAACAUUUCGUUCAACCGAAUCAAUAAUUAUGGCUUUGAUUCAUUCAUUUGGUGCUACAUUAACAAUCAUGUGUGAAAUACUUUAUUUACUUGGUACCAUUUAUUCUUGCUGGUAUUUAUAUAAGGUUUAUAAUAUUGAAUCCCUUCCAAUAUCGUUGAUUGUGUCGUCUUCAAUACAACUGAUAGCCAUUACAACAUUCACAUUGACUUUUUUUGCGUCCUGGUAUGUGUCUGGUUUUAAUUUUUUUGAUCCCUAUUUUCGUUCGAAAUGGCCGGAUAAUGAAACUCGAACUCUCUUUUUAGUCACAAGUAUCAGUGAAACAAUAUCACUCUUGCUAGUAUCAACAGCAAAUUUGUGUUUGUUUAAUCGCAUGCGAAAAUUUAAGGAUUGGGACAAGAUACGUUUUUAAUGUUUAAAUUCAUAAUCAAAUUAAUUAAUUAAUCUCAUUAUGUUUUUAAUUAGAUUUAUUUUUUGAAUCUCGAAUAUUAAAAAAAUAAAUAAUU